AGAGACUCUGCAAGUGAAUGAGAACUUCUUUCUACGGAACUGAGGUGAAGAACUUCACCAUGGGUCAACAAAUUUCAAACCACACACAAACUGUAAUUAACAAGUUGCCAGAAAAGGUAGCAAAGCAUGCCUCCUUGGUUCAAGAAAGUGGUUUCCUAACAUACGAAGAGUUUCUGGGAAGAGUAGCUGAACUUAAUGAUGUUACUGAAAAAUUGGCUUCUGGACAAGACAAACAUCUGUUAUUUGAAGUGCAGCCUGGUUCUGAUGCUUCUGCUUUCUGGAAGGUGAUCGUUCGGAUAAUAUGUACUAAAAUAAAUAAAACAAGUGGCAUCGUGGAAGCUUCCCGAAUCUUGAACUUGUAUCAGUUUGUUCAACUUUAUAAAGAUAUCACCAGUCAAGCAGCAGGAGUGCUUGCACAGAGUGGUACUGCUGAAGAAGCUGCUGAGAGUUUGAUGUCUGUGUCAUCUUGUCAGGCCAGCUUGUGGAUGGGAAGGGUUAAACAGUUGACAGAUGAAGAGGAAUGUUGCAUCUGCAUGGAUGGGCGUGCUGAUUUGAUCUUACCAUGUGCUCACAGUUUCUGCCAGAAAUGCAUUGAUAAAUGGAGUGACCGUCACAGAAGCUGUCCUGUCUGCCGUCGGCAGGUGACUGGGGCAGGUGAUUCUUGGGUGGUCUCAGACGCACCUACAGAAGAUGAUGUGGCUACUUACAUACUUAACAUGGUAGAUGAGGCGGGCCAGCCUCACAGACCCUGACAACAGGCAACAAGCUGAUAAUAACAGAAGCACUUGAAGCUUUUGUUUUCAUAAAAGUCUGCUUUUACCUCUCAUUGCAGUUCUUCCACAGUCCAUCUUCUCUUCUUGGCUGCUGUGCCUCUACGCUGCAUUUUUAAAACACGGGGUAUAGGAGCCAGUAUGUGUGUGUGC